AUGUUUCUAAAUGCUGAUGAUUUUUUAAACUAUUCUUUGGAUAAAGAAUCAGAAAAAUUGAUUGAUCAUUAUGUUUAUUAUUAUGAUAAUAUCAAGACUCAAAAGAAAAGAUAGCCUAAAGUUAAAGAGAAUUUUUUGGAGUAUUAAAAGCCGCUCAUGCAGCAAGCAAAAUUUCCAUAAAAAAGAGUGAAGUCUUCUAACGCAUCUCGCAACGCUUUGUCGAGAAGUUUUGAUGAAAAUUAAACAACUUUGUAUAAAAAUAAAAAUGAUAAAAUGUCACUCUUCAAUAUCGCUGAAGAAAAGGCUUUGCUAUCAGAAAUGUCUGAAGAAAACUUUGAAAUUCAAGGAUAAAAUCGCAAUCAUUAUCUGCAAUAAAAUAUUGGGCUUCGAAAGGUGAAGAAAUUAUACCAAAAAAACAACUCUUCUACGAAUAACUAUCCAAAUAGCAAUAAUUGGUAGUAGUAGUAAUAAUAAUAAGAUCAACCAGUUAGUCAAUAAAAUAUACCGAAUUUAAAAAGAUUGAGUGUUUUUACUACAGUUUAGUCAAUUAAUUCUAGCACUUUACUCAAUCAAACGGGAAAUAGCAACGGGUCGCAUUAAAAAAAGUUUCCUUCCAUAAAGAAACCACCUCCUGAAUUAGAUAAUUUAAGAGAUAUUUCUUCAACUGAUAAGACUGUAUCAGUCUCCAAAGGCUUUCGAAUAGUCAACAAUAAGCCUAACAAUAUUAAUUUUUUGUCUCCGAAAAGUGAAAAACUGUUUGAAAUAUACACUAACUCAAACAACAAUUUUAAUACCAAAACACUCAGCACACAAUCAGAUGUAAAAAGCAUGCCUCCAAAAAAGUUAAAAUAACAGAAAAAUAGCAAUUCGCCUGUGAAAGUAACAACUGAAAGAAUAAGCAGGACAUCAAUGAGCAGACAGAGAUAAUAUUCAUUUGCUGAGGAGACAAGUAGUCCUAGCAAUAAUAUAAAUUAAAGCAAUAAAAAAAAACAAAAAGAUAGAUGCAGGUCAUCAUUAGCUACUUAGCAGACAACUCAAAAUGAUGAAGAAUAAACGAAAAGAAAGAAAAGUUUAACAUCAAAGAAUGCAGUAUAUAAAUCAAUAGACCUCUCAUAUGAUAAAUUAAGAUAUUAAUAGAUAUGUAAUCGACUCUCCUUGAGAGUAGCCACAAUCCCUUAAGACUUCUCAGAGAGAGAUGAACUGUUUCUGAAAGAUCUUCUAACUGAUUUAAGGACAUUUAAUACUCUCUUUGCUAAAUUUUAAUAUUUUACUGGUAUGCACCUGCUUACAGUGGGAAAAAUGUAUCAAGUUAACAAAAAAAGCAUCUAUACAGAAAAGAGUCAAGGAGUCUCCUUUUACAUUAUUUUAUAUGGAAGAGUCAUACUAAAAACAAAGGCUGAAGGAAUUUACAAAGAAUGUAUCAUGGGCGACACAUUUGGAGAAGAUUACAUUAUCACAAAAUAAGAAGAUAAAAGAUAAGAAACAGCCAAGGCAACCGACGAAACUUGUAUUUUAGAGUUUUAUGAUAAAGAUCUAGAAACUUUAAAGUGUAAGUGUUUAAAAGAUCAUUUAAGAGAUGAUUUUACUAAACUCCUUUCUUUAAUUAGAAGAGGCUAUUUAAGUAAAAAAUCCUCUAAGUAAAAUGUUGCAUUCAAAAAUGAUAUUCCUCAAAUGGUUUAUUCUUGA